AUGUCAGAGAAGGAACAGUCACGAAAGCUCCGAUCAGAAGAUUCUAGUAAUGUGGCGCUGAACAAAAACUUGUUCAACUUUGAUAACAUAAAUGCCUACUUGUACCAAGAUAAACCCAUUUUUAUUGACAAUUCAGGCAAGGACCAGUUGUACCAUUACUUUAAGGGAGAUGAGGAGACACCAACAUUGAGAGUGACGGAUGUCAAGCAAAUUGCUAGGAAACUCCCGAGAAGAAGAACGAAAGUGGAUCCACUACCCGACCCCAAGUAUGGUAUUUUUCAUCGUAAAAUGAAAAAGGAAGAAACUCAAAUGUUGAAUGAGGAAAAGAUUAAAAACUUGGUUGAAGUUGACAAUUUAAAUACCAGUUUGCAACUCCUCAACCAGUAUGAUUGGAUCCGACAUCUCCCCUUGAUUACAAAAAUCAACAAUGCCAUGGAUUAUGAAGAGAUGGAAAGAAAGAAAGAUUUAACCAUUAAUGAGAUAGAAAAGUUGUUGGAAAAACAAGCCUUGUGGAAAAAGAAAAGAGACAGGUUCAUUAAUGACGCUCGGCAGUUUCAUAAUGGUGGAAGCGUAGCUGUGGCAAAUGCACAUGCGCUCGAUCAAACCCGAACGAGCUCUUUCAAGGCCCACCCAACAGGAACCACCAAUAAUUCACACGAAAAUCAUCACCUCAAAACGCAGGCACACACCACAAAUCCAGUGGCUAUUAAGUCCAAUGUUAAGCUUGACAAUCUUGACUCCUCGACAGAGAUCAACCUACGUGGGACUUCAAACGAGUUAUUUGGAGUGGGUCUACAUGAGAUUGAACCACCCAAAACUGGGUUUCAAUUGCCAUUGGGAUGGAGGCGACAGAUGGGAAACAAAAGCUAG